AGUAAAAGGCAGCUGCUUCAGACUUUAGCAUCUGCUGCAGGAUAAAAAGUUAAAUGAGUUCCCAUAAAGCUCGGCACCUCGAAUGACUCUCCUUUGAAACGGGCGUGUUCUUAUCAGUCUCACUGAUCUGCCAGAAGGGUAGAGGAGUCUGGUAUAAGUCAGUCUGGAAAACGAAGUUCUAGUGCACAUUUCUCCUCUUGUAUAAAGAUGUCUCCUGUGGGAUGCUUGUGCUAUUCCUUGAGUCAGCCUCAUUGCUUCCCGGAGGUUGAUUAAUUCUGUGUAAACACUCUAACGGAUCGUCUCGUUUGUCUUAGUGUUAAGUGCUGGGGUUACCAAGAGGGCGAAAAUAAACCUAGUAGCUGCCCUGAGAUCGCCGUGCAAUGGGCUUAAUUUAAAAAUGAAUCUUGGGAGUUCACUCAAUAUCGUGUGCGUGUGUGCUUUCUUCACAUUAUUUUGUGUCUCCUACAAAGUCUAGAAAAGACGUGGGUCAAAAUAAUCAAAGAGAGUUUAUUGCAAGUUUGAUAGAAAGCCUGAAAGCAAUCAGAACAUGUUUAAAAAGCAUCGAGAGUCACCCAAGCUCCCUCAGCGGCGUUCAAGGAGUCAAGAAAACUGAGAAGGGGCGGAACUAAGUACUGGGGGCGGGCCUUGGGAGCUCCUCCCCGUUGUUAAACAGAGCGUUUGGCCAAUGACACUACGAAAUCAACGCCAGUGGCUCUGAGGCUGGCCAAUGGGUGGAGACGUUGGAGUUGCGCGGUGAAGUUGAGUCCCAGCGGUGGUGGGCGUGGCCGCGGUGGGCUGUUGCGCUCCUUCUGGAGAAGUGGAGCUGCCUGGGUCGGUCUAGGUGGUGUUGGCGUUGCUGUCCGUGCCGAUGUUCCUGUCAGAGGCAAGCGCCAGGCCGCGGACUUGCGAAGCCACAGCCUCGGAACGCAGGAAAUGGGUGGAAGUAUUUAAAGCAUGUGAUGAAGACAACAAAGGCUACUUAAGUCGAGAGGACUUUAAGGUUGCGAUUGUAAUGCUGUUUGGAUACAAACCCUCCAAGAUAGAAGCGGAUUCUGUGAUGUCUGCAGUAAAUCCCAACACUUCUGGUAUAUCACUUGAGGGGUUUUUAAAUGUCGUAAAGAGAAAGAAGGAGGCGCAGCUCUAUCGCAGUGAGAUAAGGCACAUCUUCACAGCUUUCGACGUGCACUAUCGUGGAUUUUUAACUCUAGAAGAUUUCAAAAGGGCAUUCAGUCGCGUGGCUCCCAAGCUACCUGCGAGGACAGUGCUGGAGGUGUUCAGGGAAGCAGAUCGAGACUCAGACGGUCACGUCAGCUUCCGAGACUUUGAGUAUGCCAUGAACUAUGGACAGGCAAAAUGAAGCCGGAUGCUUGUGGAUGGACCACUUUUGGCAAUUCUGGACACAGAUCAGUGAAUUGUAAUCUAGUUGAAGACCACGCAGAUCUCACUCUUUUGUGGUGCUAUGUACUUGUGAGUAAACUCUUAAUUACAGUUUUUGGAUGCUGAUAUUGGACCUAGAGGUAGGACUCUCCUUCCACGUUGCUAAGAGCCCUGAGUCAGGUUGCUGUUGCUGGCCCUGCCACCCAGUGGGUUUUUUUUUUCCCUUUCCUCUCCUGUCAGCUCUGCAUUCCUCACACUGUGAACUAGAGUCUCUGCUCAUUCUGCUCCUAACCUGCUUGGGUCCCUAUAUCUUACCAGCUCUGCGGGGGGUUUGCUUUGUUCUGUGGUGUCAUUGUCCUUCAUUUGCUCAACUUUGGUUGAAUGUCAAGCUUACUGUGGUCCACGCAAUGAACAAAUGCUAGGGAAACAAAGACUUCUCUUAUCUAAAGACCCUGGAGUGCAAAUCAGUGGCAGGGCACUGGCUGUACAAAACAUAGAAAGCAGCUCAGGCCAGCCAGCCCGCCAUUCUUUAUACAGAGAAAACCAGAAUGCAGUUGGGGUCUUAAUGGGCAAAAGGGCGUGAUUUUGUGUCCCUUUAGGACAGCCUGGACCUAGGCUUCUUACUUUGGAGAAGCUAGCCUGAGCUGGCCAGCAGCCCUCUGCUGCGUACUCCUGGUUCUAGGUAGUUUUGCUGUACACCUGAAGUUUCAGCCAUCCCAAAGUGUUAGGAGUCUCCACACCCCACCGCUCCCCUGGACUCCAGUGACUACUUUCCUGGAGCAAAUCGAGACACUCAACAUAUAAUGUAACGUCUAUUAAAAAUAAUUCUGAAAUACUGAUAUUGUCAUUGUAAGUGUUCAGAUUUCACAACAUUAACAUUUGUAAAAAAAUGAAUGUAAUUUGUUUUUAAAGUGUUAAACAUUAGAAGAUCAAGUAAGAA